GACGAGAUGGGCGGGGCCUUCUGGGAGAGGUGGAGGGGGCCAAAGCCUCGGAGCGUUUUCGCAAUCUCAGCGUUGUCCCUAGUGGCGCAGAACAGAGCGCUUUGGGAUCUGCCUCUAACCCGCGCAGUUGCGGACCACUGACACUUGAGUCCCUCACUUUUUUUUUCUUUUUGGCUCGGAACUCAAUGGAGAUUUUCUUUCAAUUUUACUUCGCCGAUGUCCAUCUUUAAUCUUAUUCCUCUCACAACUUUGUGAUAAUCGUAUUGAGGAUGAAUGUUAUCUAAAACUUUGUUUGCUUGUUUUAAUGCUAACUAUUUUAUUAGGACAGCUGUGAUACUGGCGAUAUCGAGACACGCCUGAUGAGACUUCGGGGCUCAGUCUGGACUGGUCCUGUACUGAAAGGGCGAGAAGCAGCUGAUUCUAUGAACUUGCCAAAUGAGGACCAGUGGGACGAAACCACCUGUGGCUCGGCAGUUUGUCAACAUCCACAAUGCUGGACAUCCCUCCGACGGAUUGAGAGGGGCCAUCCUAGGAUCUUGGAUUCAUCCAGCAAAUCUUCCCGGGAAGUUGAAGAUAAACUCCCGACACUCACCAUUGUAAAUAUCACUGACACCUGCUUGUGGUCCAAGCAGAGGGUGGUUCAGCGACCGCAAUCAGAAUUUACCUUCCCUAAGGAGCGGUCUUUACUGUGGAAACCAACCUGCAGGCGUCAUGGCAGGUCUCCGAAGGCUUUACGUGGCAAAGGUGUAACUAGCCUGUCUAGUCCCCCCACACUUUCAGUGUUGAAUCUGAAUGAGGCAAAACUCCCUUUUUCCGAAGAUGUUGGAAACUUGGUGGUAACCUGGGUUCCAGAAGAAACAGAGAAGAACAUAAGCUGGCCUGGGAAGAAGAGAAAGAAACCGAGAGAGAAAACCAAGCCGUCUCUGUAUUUCUCUGGAAGACAGUAUGUAUCGGCAUACUCGAGAAGUCCAGGCGUGAUUGUGCCUCCUCCCUCCCCAGUGCACUUUUUUGACCCAUUAAGUUCCCAAGUCAUACCUCUAUGGGCCCAAGUCGACAUGCUUCCCCGGGAUCUACUGAAUGAGUGCUUUUUGGCACAUGAGAAAACCAUCACUAGUCCUGAGGUGAAGAUAGAGUUGGCCAAGAUGAGAAAGAAUCUUCCCACAGAAAAGAGCCGGCCGGACAGCGCUAUCUCCCCUAAGAUGUAUCUGACUAUACACCGCAUCACCCUGCAGAGACCAUCGUUGCGGUACCCUGAGCAUCUGAGGAAGCUGCAGUACAACCUGAGGAGAAGGGAAGGGUCUUUCGGGCCUGAAUCUUCAGGUUUCAGGAAGCAGCAGCAGAGGAUGAUGAAAACCUCUACUAAGAAACAGGAGGCUAAGAAGAAAGCCCAGAUUGAUGCUGAGGGCCAGCACAGUAUGAGUCAGAUAAUCCCAUCAGUACAGGAAGCUGAGCAAAAGCUGGAGGAGGAGGAGGAGGAGGAAGAGGAAGAGGAGGAGAAAAAAUCCUUUGUGAAACAUGCUUCCACAGAGGACUCAUCGGAGUAUGACCUCCAAAGCUACUACACAGACUAUUCUGCCUUUCCAGAGAGUCCUGUAUUAUAUGAGCCAGUUUACGAAGACACUGGUGAUGUGAAAGAGACAAUGGUGGGAAUGAUAACUUCCAGCCAGAGCAGCAGCCCCAGGAGUAUAUCCAGAAGUAUGGACAAAGGCACCUGGAACCCUGACCUCAAACUGCUGAGGAUUCUUCAGGCCCAUGUCGAGGAAGAUGAGGAGAACCGUCUUUCUAGGGCACAGAGUGAGGCAUCUCUGGAUGCCUAGGCUGGAGACGCCACAUGGGGCAGCCUUAGCUGGAACAGUUCUUGGUAUUCUGAGGACAACAACCUUGGACGUAGGAUAGAAAAGAGACUUGUUCCCUGGAUUCCUUCAGCAGGACCAGGACUCAGAGACCCUGAUUUCUUCAUUUGCUUCUUACCUCUGAAAUGAGCAAGAAAAAAAAGCCCGAAUCCUGCUCAAUAUAGAAAAAAUUUCCAGGGCAGAGUAUUUCCACGAUUAAACACAAUCCCUUCUAUCAAAAGACUUGUGCUCUGUUUCCAGGAAGAGAGGAGGUAGUGCUUCCUUGUGUCUAUUUUCUGGGUCCCCUUUCUUUCUUUUCUGAAAUCUUUGUAGUGACAGGAAGCUGGAUUCAGCUAUGGGAACCUCUAUAAUAUCCCUAAAUGCUCUUCUCAUUUCCUGAGAUGGCUUCCUUUGGUGAUGGGGCCUGCGCCAUUAUCAGGUGGCAGUCACUUUGUGGUACUCCCACCUUAAAGUUUACCUUAUCUACAAGUAAUUCAGUAUGUAUCUCCAAAAGAAAAGUGUGAAAAAUCUAAAAAUUAUCUCAUUCCACAGAAUUAAUAUUGAUUGCUUGAUUUCACAUAUCCAAGCAUAUUCAAAUUUCCAUGUCUUAAGUUUUUUAAUAGUUGACAUAUUCAUAUUAGAAUUCAAACAAGCUCCAUACAUUGUAUUUUCUCAGUAUGCUCUAGUCUCUUUUAAUUUGUACACCCUCCUCCCUUUUUCUUUCCCUUUUCCUAGAAUUUAUUCCAACUCAGAAGAGCUUACUUUCUAGUUUCUAAGAAAUCUAGUCUUCAGAGAAAUUUCAAUGUUUACAAAGACCCAGAAUUCCAAAGUCUCAGGAGCCUUCUAACUUGGUUUUGGAUGGAUUUUUUUUUUUCCAUUGUGUUUACUCCUUAAAAAACAUUUACUAUGCCGGGCGGUGGUGGCACACACCUUUAAUCCCAGCACUCG